GUUCUCAUUUCCCACGCCCCCCACAGCUUUCGCUCCUUCUUUGUCCUCUUUCUCUCUCUCUCUCUCUCGCUCCCCGAUUCGAUUCGCCCCUUCGAAACCCUAAUCCUUGCUCUCUUCAGCGUAUUCUAGGGUUUCUUGCUCGUCUCUUUCGAGUCGGAGGCUCGCGGGGAGCGAUUCGAUCCUCGGAUCGCGGGGAACGGCUGCGGAAUCGCCCGGGAACGCCGCGACGGCCGAUUCUAGGGUUUCCGCUCGACGGAUCUCGUAGGAGCGGCGAAUUCGCUCCGACUUGAGCUGAGGGAUCGAGCGUUCGAUCUCGCAGAGCGAUGAAUCUUGUUUGUUAAUGUGCUUUUUGACAUCUUGAAGGGGAUUUUGGGGAUUUGGUAUGGAUUUUGAGCAUAGAAAGUUGGAGUAGUAAGCGAGUAGGAUGAAUUCGUGCUUUGAGAUGGUGGAGCAUUGGGAUCUCUGAUGAUUUAGGGGAGUCUCCGUUGUUGCGAGAACCCUCGGGGCGGAGUUUCUUUGAAGAGGGUGGAGCGAGUGAGAUGAUUGAGCAAUUCAUCAAUUUCGUGAUCCGACCUCCUAGGGCAGAAUAUAAUCCAGACCAGUAUUUAUGGGAGACAGAAUUCACUCUUGCAGGACGAAAGUACAAACGACUAGACUUGGAGCUUACAAAUGGAAGGGGUCAUACCUUACAGUGCAGCCACUAUGUUCCGUCCAAUGUCUCAGAGGAUACAGCUCUUCCCUGUGUCAUUUAUUGCCAUGGGAAUAGUGGAUGUAGAGCUGAUGCAAAUGAAGCAGCAGUGAUCCUCCUCCCUUCAAAUAUCACUCUGUUCACUCUUGACUUUUCUGGAUCUGGACUAUCUGGUGGAGAUUAUGUCAGCCUUGGUUGGCAUGAGAAAGAUGAUCUCAAGGUUGUGGUCUCUCAUCUACGGAGCGAUAAAAAAGUCUCCUGUAUAGGGCUUUGGGGACGAUCCAUGGGUGCUGUCACAAGCCUUUUAUAUGGAGCGGAAGACCCCUCGAUUGCUGGCAUGGUGUUGGAUAGUGCCUUCUCUAACUUAUUUGGUCUCAUGAUGGAGCUGGUUGAUGUUUACAAAAUCCGGCUUCCUAAGUUUACAGUCAAAAUGGCUAUUCAAUACAUGCGGCGUGUUAUCCAGAAGAGGGCUAAGUUUGAUAUAAUGGAUCUGAACACUGUACAGUAUGCACCCAAGACUUUUAUUCCAGCGUUAUUUGGGCAUGCUUCUGCGGAUAUAUUCAUUCAGCCCCAUCAUUGUGAUCUUAUAUACGAAGCAUAUGCGGGUGAUAAGAAUAUAAUCAAAUUUGAGGGUGACCACAACUCCCCAAGACCACAAUUUUAUUAUGACUCAGUUUCCAUAUUCUUUUAUAACGUCCUUCAUCCCCCUCAAAUUCCUUCUAUAUUGUCAAGUAAGCUGGAGAAGUACUACGAUUUGGGCGAUUUGAAGGUUUCUGCUGGUGGCAAUGAGGGUUUGUUAUAUGAGAUCAUCACUGGUCUGCGAGCAACCGGGACAAAUUCUGCCAGCUCAUCAUCUGCUCCAUCUAAUAUUCCCAAUGGUUCGGCUCCAAAAUCAGUUGUCGAGUUGCUAUCAGAAAGCAUAUCUAACUUGUCUGUAACUGAUGAGAAAGAUCUGGAUUUCCUGCUCGAUCAUGACCAUAAACUUACUGAAGUGGAUGCAAGUAUUGCCGAAGGAUCACAUUUACUGGAGAAAUCAACUAGGCAAAAUGAGGAGUGCUGCUCCUAUUCGAGCUCCAACAGAGAAAGUUGGGGAAGAUGCUCUUCUUUGGGGGGCAUGAGCGAGGGUUCAUCCUCAGGCGAGUGCAUGGGGACCUCGAAUAAGAAGCAUCAGAUGACACUGAAGGCACUUGCAACGCCACUAAGGCGGGUUGAUCGGAAGCAGUGUUCUAAGCCGAAGCAGAAGGAGAAAAAGAAGGGCUUUUCUAUAUGGAAGAGGCCAAAACGCGAGAAGCUGGAGAAGGGGGACACAUUUAGCCAACGCCUCCGCCUCUGCUUUCUCGGGCGGGCUAACCACAAAAGGCACCGAUCGUCUUGAGACCACCCUCUGUAAACAAGCACUGUAGCAUAACAAGAUCAGGCUUUCAACACUGAUUUCUACAAGAAACAGGCUUUCAUCUCUCUCUCUCUCUCUCUCUCUCUCUCUCUCACGUUGCGCAUGCUUGGCGAAUAUGACUGUAAAGGUGCAUGAUUUAGCAGGUUUUAGGUCCACUGAUUCUCGGAAAUAGGCGAGAGGAAGUGACUUUGUAUCCUAUCUCCAUGUUGUUUGUCCUUCUUUCUUCUACCCUGUGUAAAUCUAAACAGUUAAUGAAUGCCAUUUACGUUUGUAAACGCGAUGCUUCUUGUGUUUUAUCAUAUUCUAUCUUCAGAAGGCUUCUGUUA